CAUUUUUAUAUUUCACUUAAGCCAUACUCGCGCGAAGGUCGUCUUACAAUACACGUUGCACGCUCCUACACGCGCCUUCUCGAUCUCACGUCCUCAUCCGGCUAUUCACCCGCCGGAGAUCCACCUUGGCGUCUUCUCGAAACGGUUCUGGCUAGUAAUCGUUGAUCGGCGCUCCCUAUUGCUGGAGGACGAUAGUGUGCUUACGUUUGACAGUAUUGCUCGGAGAUUCGCCGGGAAUAAACAGAGAAAUUUCACAAGCGAACGGUUUAAUUUUAUAUCUUGAGCUUGAUAUCUGGGCGUACUAAGCGGUUUCUGGAAUCUCUAUCGCUUCCUUUCCACCCAGCGCAAUGGAGAAAAAAGACGAGGACUUGAAGAAGGCUCAGAUGCUGGACGCUCGAGCCAGAAACAUCAGCCACAAUGUCCGUUGCACUGAGUGUGGGAGUCAGUCCAUUGAAGACUCGCAAGCAGAUGUCGCUAUUCUCCUUAGACAGCUGAUCCGAGAUGAGAUAGGAGCUGGAAAAACUGACAAAGAGAUCUACAGUAAGCUGGAGGAUGAGUUUGGGGAGACGGUGCUUUAUGCCCCGAAAUUUGAUUUGCAGACCGCGGCAUUGUGGCUAACUCCGGUUAUAGUUGGUGGAGGUGCUGCUGCUGUGUUGGCUUACACGAAGCACAGGCAAAGGACAAAUGUACACAUCAUGGCGCUGAACCUUAUUAGAGGUGUUUCGUUGACUCCAAAAGAGAGAGUAACCAUUCUCGAAGUUCUUAUUCCACCUCCACCUCCUCCUCGGGGAGUGGCUUCCCGGUUGAGGAAAUGGCUAAACCGGUAGUUCCCAUGUCUCCUUAGCUCUGUUGUUCUUGAGUCGGAAGAUAUUAUGGUCAUAGCCGAAUAAACAAUAUGUGGAAGGAGUGAGUACCACAUUGGUUGUCUAGGAGAAACAGAUCGGGGACUGUUUUGCGUCCUUGACAAGCAAUUUUGUUGCCUGUGAAGUUGAAAACGGUUUUGUGGUGUAUCAUUGGAUGAGAUUUGAAGAAAGCAUAAUAAAUUGAAAAAGUGUGAUACUUGUUUUAAAUCUUUGAUGUGCAAUAGAAAACGCAGAGUGGGUCGUUCUUAUAUUGCUAUCGGCACAUAGCCAUGUCUCUCUCUUUACAUCGAGCUUUCUUUUUAACAUCUUCUCUAUCUUACUAACCC